AUGGCCCCUGGAGGUGUAGCUACACUCCAGAGUCUGCUGAUCCUGCUGUGUGUGGUGCCGCAGAUGGCCACAGCCACCAUUCAAGGAUACAUAGGAGACAUGGACAUAUGCCCCUCUGAGUGCAGAUGUGAUGAGGACUUUAUUUACUGUAAUGAUCGUGGACUGAGCUCCAUCCCAUCACUGCCUCCCACAGCCUCAGUGCUCUACCUUCAGAACAACCAGAUUAACAACCCGGGCCUCCCAACUUCACUAGAGCACCACUUAGCUGUUCGUGUGGUCUACCUCUACGACAAUGAACUAGAUGAGUUCCCUCUUCAUCUGCCUCCCUCUGUGCGAGAACUGCAUCUGCAGGACAACAACAUCCGCACUAUCCCCCGCAGUGCACUGGCGAGGAUGCCUUUACUGGAGAAACUCCACCUGGACGACAACUCCAUCUCCACCGUCAGCAUCGAGGACCAGGCCUUUGCAGACAACCCACGUCUGCGCCUGCUCUUCCUGUCUCGUAACCACUUAUCCAGUAUUCCUUCUGGACUGCCUGCAUCUCUAGAGGAGCUCCGCCUGGAUGACAACCGAAUCUCUACAAUUCCAACUCAUGCUUUCCGGGGCUUAGCAUCUCUUCGAUGUUUAGUCCUUGAUGGGAAUCUCUUAGCAAACCAGCGCAUUGCAGAUGACACAUUCUCUCGUCUCUCCAACUUAACAGAAUUGUCUCUGGUGCGUAACUCUCUUCAGACACCUCCUGUCAACCUGCCCAGCUCCCAUCUGCAGCGUCUGUCUUUGCAGGAAAAUGCUAUGAUUCACAUCCCGCGAGGCUCCCUGGAUGGCAUGCACAGACUGCAGAGACUGGACCUGUCUGGGAACAACCUGACUACUCUCCCCAGGGGCCUCUUCAAAGAUCUGGACAAUCUGGCUCAGCUGCUGGUGCGGGGCAACCCCUGGCACUGUGGCUGCAACCUGCGCUGGCUGUACGACUGGCUGAAGGCGCGCAAAGGCAUCACUGUAAGGGGCCUCACCUGCCUGACACCAGAUCGUGUGCGGGACAUGCCCUUGAUGGAUCUGGGCAGUGAGAUGGAGGAGUGUGAGGUGAUAAGGACUCCCGACAGAACAAACAGGAUUCCAACUGGCAUGGAUAUCGCCACUACUCAAACUCCACCACAGGGCUCGCUGUUCACCUUGCGCUCCAACAAGAGAGGCCCAGUCCUUCCUGACAUAGACUACACUCUGAGCAGCAGUGGAGUUGGAAAGAGUCUGGCCCUAAAUGUGAAGCCUCUGUCCCACAGCAGCGUGCGUGUGACCUGGAGCGUGGCUCAGCCCAGCUCCUCUUUCAGGCUCAGCUGGCUCAGACUGGGGAAUGAAAACAACCGUGACUCUAUCACAGAGACCCUGGUGAGGGGAGAUAGACGCGAGUACCUGCUGACAGCUCUGCAGCCGCGCUCCAGCUACAUCAUCUGCAUGGUCCCACUGCCUACAGAAAACAAAGGAGGUAUGCCCACUGAGUCUGAUGAAGCACUGGUGUGUGCAAAAGCAGAAACCGCAGACCUCAGCUCAUCAGAAGACGAGGAUGAUGAAGACCCUCUACAGAUUGUGAAUCUACCAUUAGCAGGAAUCAUUGGUGGUGCUUCCGCUAUUGUGUCUCUGGCUCUCAUACUUGGCUUCUUCUGCUGGUAUUGCCAUAGGACUGGGCAUUUAUGCUCUCGCGACCAUUACACUAGAAACAGCUCGAGAAAAAGUAAGACCUAUGAUGAUUACAUUGAGUCUGGCACUAAGAAAGACAACACUAUAUUGGAGAUACGAGGGCCGGGAUUCCAGAUGACACCGAUGGCCGCUUGCCCAUCAAUGCAGCCUAAGCCUCUACGAGAGGAUUAUAUCAUUCACACCAUUUUCCCAUCCAAUGGCACUGGUCUAUAUAAAGGAGACAACAGUGUCUCCAAUUCAGGACAUGGCACCAACAGGGGCUAUAGAGAAGGCGGGAUUCCAGACAUUGACUACUGUUACACAUGA